AUGCCUUGCUCUGUUUCCUCUGUAACUAUAAUUUCAAAAUGCGCAGUUUAUCCAAACACGAAAUCCACAAUCAAAUCCCUCAAGCUCUCCGUCUCUGAUCUUCCCAUGCUCUCUUGUCAAUACAUCCAGAAAGGCGUCCUCCUCAGCUCCCCGCCCUUCCACAUCGCCGACCUUAUCGCCUCUCUCAAACACUCCCUCUCCCUAGCCCUCUCCCACUUCCCCGCCCUCGCCGGCCGCUUUGAGACCGACGCCGAAGGAUACGUCCACAUCAUUUGCAACGACGCCGGCGUCGAUUUCAUCCAAGCCAAAGCCAAGCACCUCUCCGUCGACCUCCUUUUGCCGGCGGACGAGGACGUUCCGCAUUACUUCAGGGAGUUUUUUGCGUUCGACCGGACCUUGAGCUACUCCGGCCACUCCAGACCCUUGGCUGCCAUCCAAGUCACCGAGCUCGCCGACGGCAUCUUCAUCGGCUGCACUGUUAACCACUCUGUUACCGACGGAACUUCCUUCUGGCACUUUUUUAACACCUUUGCUGAGAUUUGCAAAGGCGCCAAGAAAAUCUCCAAAUCUCCAGAUUUCUCGCGCGAAAACAUCUUCAACUCGCCGGCGGUGCUCCAGUUGCCCGAAGGCGGCCCUAAGGUCACCUUCUCCGGAAACGAGCCGUUACGAGAGCGAAUCUUCCAUUUCACCAGAGAAUCGAUUCUCAAACUAAAAAACAGAGCCAAUAACAGUCCUCUGAUUAAUGGUAACGGUAACUGUAACGGGCUUUUGGAAUCGGCGGAGAUUUUCGGGAAGCAAUGCAACGACACCUGGAAAAUCGUUUCUCGUUGUAAAGGCGCGAAAACUGCGGAGAUUUCGUCGUUUCAGUCACUGAGCGCGCAGCUCUGGCGUUCCGUGACACGUGUUAGGAAUCUACCAGAUUCCAAAACGACGACGUUUCGGAUGGCUGUGAACUGCCGCCACCGGCUAGAGCCGAAGCUGAGCCCACACUAUUUCGGGAACGCAAUACAGAGCAUCCCGACCGUUGCUUCCGCAGGCGAGCUGUUGUCUCGAGAUCUGAGCUGGUGCGCUGGUCUGCUCCGCAAGAACGUCGCCGCGCACGACAACGCCACCGUGCGCCGCGGCGUUGAGGAUUGGGAGAGCGCCCCAAGGCUUUUCCCGCUAGGAAAUUUCGACGGCGCAAUGAUCACGAUGGGGAGCUCGCCGAGAUUCCCAAUGUACGACAAUGAUUUUGGAUGGGGCCGACCCUUGGCCGUACGGAGUGGCAGGGCAAACAAAUUUGACGGCAAGAUUUCGGCUUUUCCGGGGAGAGAAGGGAACGGGAGCGUUGAUCUGGAGGUGGUUUUGGCUCCGGAGACGAUGGCGGGGCUCGAGUCCGAUAUGGAGUUCAUGCAGUACGUAUCGGCGGUUGUGUAA